GAAAUUGUUGAACAAGGAAUGUAUAAUGGAUGUCUGGUCAUUCCACUAAUUAAAAACAUUAAAAGACCUAUAGCAGAUGUUGAUUUUACUUCAUAUUACCCUUAUGCUAUUAUACAAAACAACAUAUUACUUGAAAAACAUAUACCAAAAGAUUCAACAAAUUCUAAUUUAAAUAUUGUAAUUGACAAUGACAUUGUCUAUGGUAAAUUUUUACCACAUGACAAUAAUAUAAACAACAUGGGUAUUAUGGCUCUCAUGUGUAAAGAAUUAUUAGAAAAACAAAAUAAUGUGAAGCAAAAGAUGAAAUUGUUCAAGAAUGAUAAAAUAAAACUUUUAUACUACACUUCAUUAUCAAAUGCAUUAAAAAUAUUUGUAAACUCUGUGUAUGGUGAGACAAGUUACAGAUAUUCACCAUUAUAUUAUAAAGAAGUUGCUUCAUCAAUUACAGCAUUUUGUAAAACAAUAUUAAAGAUCAUGAUUGAUUUUAUGAAAGAACAAAGAUUUAUAGUAGUUUAUGGAGACACAGAUUCUAUAUUUUAUUCAUUGCCAGAAUCAUAUUUUACAGAACUUGAUACUAAAACAAAAAUUAAUGAAUACUUGAAACAGAUUAUGAAAUCCACAUACUUGAAGAUGGCCUAUGAAAAAACCAUAUACCUCUUUUUAAUUUUUGGAAAAAAGCAUUAUGUUGCAAUUACUCAUUCAGAUGUGCCAAAUUUAGACAAUUUAAAUUUACUAUUGAAAGGUCUCAAAACUAUUAAACAUAAUGUGCCAGAGUUUUACAAACUAGUGGCAAAAGAAUUAAUAUAUUCUUCACUUGGAUUCAAUAAAGAUUUCUCGAUCAGACAAGAAGAAAUAAACCAAAAAAAAUUAGUCAUUCAGAUAAUCACUAACUAUGUUAAUAAAAAAGAAACACUAUUAGACUUGUUUGUUAUUACAACCAAGUUUGACCCAACAUAUGCUUUAGUAUUAGCAGUUGAUUUUGUAAGAUUAUUAAACAAAGAUCUGUCAAAAGAAGAACAAAAUGAAAUACUUAAGCAAAUUACAAAAUUUGAUACAAAAAAAGAUGACUGUGAAAAGAAGCAAGCUCUUAAAAAAAUAAAGAAAAUAUUUGAUGCUGAGGAACUUAAAAAGCAACAAACAAUAACAGAAUUUUUUGUUGAAGAUAACUAA